AUGGUGAUCAAAGCAAGCAUCCCUCUCCUCUUCCUCCUCGCAGCAGGUCUCCUCUUCGCAGCGGCCGUCGGGACCUCCAGGGAGGAGGAGGGCAGGCGCAGCGAGCAAUGGGAGCACCAGCACGGGAAGCAGGGCCGCGGGCGUGAGGGUGAGCAGGAGCAAGAGCAGGACAGCCGCCGACCGUACGUAUUCGGCCCGCGCAGCUUCCAGCGCAUCGUCCGGAGCGACCAGGGCUCCGUCGAGGCCCUUCGCCCAUUCAACGAGGAGUCCCGGCUCCUCCGGGGCAUCAAGAACUACCGCGUCACCAUCAUCAAGGCCAACCCGCGCUCCUUCAUCGUGCCAGGGUACCCGGAUGCUGACACCAUCAGCUACGUCGUUCAAGGCGAGGGGGUGGUGACGCUGAUAGAGAACGGUGAGAAGAGGUCCUAUACCGUCCGUCAGGGCGAUGUCGUCGUUGCGCCGGCCGGGACGAUCAGGCACCUGGCCAACACCGACGGCCGGAGGAAGCUGAUCGUCGCCAAUAUUCUCCACACCAUCUCCGUGCCCGGCAAAUUCCAGUAUUUCUUGGGCGAGUCGCUCGUGUCAAGCUUGAGCAAACGAGUCCAAAGAGCUGCUUUCAAGACUUCGGAGGACCGGCUGGAGAAGCUGUUCGGGAGGCAAGGGCAGAAGCAGGGGUUCAUCGUCCGCGCCUCCGAGGAGCAGGUCAGGGAGCUGCGCCGCCAGGCGUCCGAGGGCGGCCAGAGCCACCACUGGCCUCUCCCCCCGUUCGGCGGCGACUCCCGUGACACCUACAACCUCCUGCAGCAGAGGCCCACCGUCGCCAACCGCCAUGGCCGCCUCUACGAGGCCGACGCCCGCAGCUUCCGCGCCCUCGGCGACCAUGACAUCCGCGUCGCCUUCGCCAACAUCACCGCUGGCUCCAUGACCGCGCCGUACUACAACACGCAGUCCGUGAAGAUCGCCUUGGUGCUGGAAGGCGAGGGCGAGGUGGAGAUCGUGUGCCCGCACCUGUCGCAGGAAAGCCAGCGCCACCAACAAGGUCAGAGCGAGCGCGGCAAGGGCAGGGGGCGCGAGGAAGAAGACGACGAGCGCGAGCAACAACACCAGCAGCAAGGACGCGGCAGCGGAUCCGAGUCGGAGUCGGAGGAGCAGCAACAGCAGCAGCAGCAGAAGUACGAGACGAUCCGUGCCCGGGUGUCGCCCGGCUCGGCGUUCGUGGUGCCCCCGGGCCACCCCGUCGUGGAGAUCUCGUCGUCCCGCGGCAGCGACAACCUCCAGGUCGUGUGCUUCGAGAUCAACGCCCAAAAGAACGAGAGGGUGUGGCUCGCCGGGAAGAACAACGUGCUCGGGAAGCUGGACAGGCCCGCCAAGGAGCUGACGUUCGGCGCGCCAGCGAGGGAGAUUGACGCGGUGCUCGACGCGCAGCAAGACGAGGGCUUCUUCGCCGGACCAGAGCAGCAGCAGGGGCAGGGGGAGGAGGAAUGGCGCCACCGCGGUCGUGGUGAGGAGGCCGUGGAGAGUUUCCUGAGGAUGGCAGCCGGUGCGUUCUGAAGGUGCAAGGCCGGUGACAGUGUGUCAGUGAUCGAGCGAGCGGGAGCCCGAGCAGUUUAAGAGUUGGACUUGU